AUUUGUAGUUUUAGGAGGGCCUUCUAAAUAUAUGGGGUGGAAAAGCCUCCAGGAAGGACUGCAGCCAAGUUAAGUGUCCCUUUCUGGACCUCUAAAAGAAGGUUAAAAUGGUUAAAGGUCCCAUGGUCUUGCAAAGUUUCGAGCCUUGGGGACCCAGGUUCAAACCCUGGCUCCAGCGUGGAAACCCAGGUCACACUCUCUCAGCCUCAGAGCGAAGCCAAGGCAAACCCCCCCUGAACAAAUCUUGCCCAGAAUAGGGUUGCGAUAAGUCGGAAACAACUUGUAGGUACACAACGACAACAAUAUAUUGUAUAUAAGAAUUGCAACAAUGCCAAUGUCUCUAUCAAGAAGUGGGCCAUGGUUUUUUUGUGGGGGGGGGUAUGUGUGUGUCUGCAUUUGAAUUCAGCUCCUGGGCAUCUAAGGAGUGGAGGAGAUGGGCUGGCACAGCCAAGGGAGGAAUGCCAAGUGUGUGCCACUGAAAGAGGGCAAAGAGAGGCCAGGAAAAGGAUGGAGGAGACAAUGGACAGAGGAAAAGGGGAGGAGGAGAGGAUGGUGGGUUUGGGUGCAGAGUUGGGCAGAAGGCGGGUGGCAUGGAGGCACCGGCGGUCAGCUGAACUGGCCAUUCUGGACAACCAUGGGCAUCGCAAAAGAAGGCCGGAUGUGGCCUUUGUGGCCCAUUUCUCUCUCCGUUUUGUGGACCCUCCUUGGCUCCAUGGCAGGAGACAACCCAGACGCAGUGGGUCCUCCUCCUCCUUCCCAAUUAUCGCCAAUUACCCUUGACAAGAUGUCACACGGCGCUCCAGUUCAUUAAUCCUCCGGCAUGGGAACCCGGCCAAAGCCUCGUUCCCAUUCAAGGAAACGCGUCCACACUUUUUUGCCGCGGAGGAAAACAUCACACAGGACCAUUGUCCUGGAGAUCCCUAAGACAAAGCUAUCUAUCAGUGGCUUUCUUACCUAGCUUUGCCUGGAGGUUGACUGUUGCUUUCAGGCUGAGAGAGUGUGACUUGCCUAAGGUCAGCCAGUUGGUUUUAGGGCCGAGUUGGGAAUCAAACCCUGGUCUCUAAGUCCAGCUCUCAGAUCACUAUGCCAAUGCUCAAUGCCAGAGAGAGAGAGACAAAGAGAGUAUCCUUAUAUUUCGUACCAAAACCCAGAGUGGACUGGGAUGGCACUAGGAGGUUCAGCCAAGACAGGUCACUUUCUCCAGCUUCCCUUCCAGGCUUUUCGGGGGCCGUGAAGGUGUCUGUGGUGGCCAACAGCAUCCAGGUGGUCCAGGGGGGCAGUGCCCUCCUGCCCUGCUCCUUCCACACUUGGGCCCCGCUUGACCGCCUCAACGUCAUCUGGACCGUCACCCCCAAUUCGGACCCACGCCGCCCGCAGCAGGUGUUGGCGUAUGAGCGGGGUGAAGUGGUGGAAAGCAUGUCAGACUACGCCGGCCGGGUGGCGUUUGCCUUCUCGCCCAGCAAGAGCGCCACCAUCGUCCUCAACGACACGCGCGGCACAGACAGCGGACGGUACCAAUGCAGCGUGAUCAACCCACCGGACGCUGCCGUGCCCAACAUCGGGGUGGUCCAGCUCACCGUCUUCGUCCCACCUUCUAGUCCGAAGUGCUCCAGGGAAGGCAGCCAGGAGGAGGGUGGCAGCCUCCAGUUCUCUUGCACGGUGGGCGAAGGGAUGCCCAUGCCCACCUUCACCUGGGAGAAGAUCCCUCCGGACUCACAGCCGAUGGUGAUGACCUAUGAAGACGACCGCCGGGCCCUUCUGACUUUGCGCAACCUGACGGCGGACGCCUCUGGCCUUUACCGCUGCACGGCCUCCAACAUGCUGGGCUCCAUCUCCUGCGCAUUGGAGCUCCACAUCCAUGUCACCCCGGAUGGUGCCACCUCUUUAGUGGUGGGCAUCACCCUGAUGCUGACCAUGGGGCUGGUGCUCCUCACCCUCUUUGCCUUGGUCCUGUGGCUCCAUCGCUACGGCAUCCGAAAGUGGAGAGAAGCGGACAGCGACGAGGACGACUCUCAUAACGAAAUUAGGAUUGACAACUUUUCUUUGGGGCGCCUGAUAGUGGCCAAGAGCCCGUCCGGAGAGGGCACCACUGCCAACCCUGUUGCCAAGCCCCUCUGGAUCUUCACCAGCUCCACCCCCAACACUACCUAUGCCCACCGCGAGUGGAGGCCUGAACCGGGGAAUGCGAGCCAGGCCCCGCUGCCAGGGGGCUUCCGUCGGCCCACGCCGGCCGGCCAGGGAAGAUGGAGGCGGCCCAGUGGCUCCGAAGAGCAGGAGUCCUCAUCCGGAGGGAGCGAAGAGAAGCACCCCAUGCCUGGCCAUUUCCCCAAACCCACCGGAUUCCUAGUCUAGGGCUUGCUGCCAAGUCCAGGAUGGCUGGAAAGACUCCACCUGAGAGUACAGACCUGUGGGGUUGAUCUGUGGACAGCUCCCAAGAUGGAGACACAAUGCUCCUGGAUUCUGUGCUUUUCACAAUAAAAAAUCCAGCCUUUGUGCUUAGAAACUACUCCGGUUGCCUGUUCGGGAUCAUCCCAGGCCCAAACCUGAGACUGAGAGUGAUGCUAUUAAAUGCUAGAUGUUAAGCCGAAACCACGUCUGCUCACAUAUACAAACAUACACACAUAUAAAUCUUACAUACGCUCAAUGGGCUUCCCCAUGCUCACCUUCAAAGUGGCCACCCUCCUGAAUCAAUGGGUCCAUUU